ACUGCAAAAACGAGGACUGCAAAAACAGCCGUCACCGUAAGUGCACUCGGAUUGGAUCAAACACGAAAUAUGUCUGAAGAUGUUGAUACGCACAUCACUGAUAAAUAUGAACUGCAUAAACGACUCGGUAAAGGUGCUUACGGUAUCGUUUGGAAAGCGAUCGAUAGGAGAUCGAAAGACACUGUUGCAUUGAAGAAGAUUUUUGACGCAUUCCGCAAUCAGACAGAUGCGCAACGAACGUUCCGCGAGAUUAUGUUCUUGCAAGAGUUCGGUCGGCAUCCGAAUAUCAUCAAGUUGUACAAUAUUAUUAAAGCUGACAACGACAGAGAUAUAUAUUUGGUGUUUGAAUUCAUGGAAGCUGAUCUGCAUAAUGUCAUAAAGAAGAUGACAAUAUUGAAGGAUAUUCACAAGCAGUACAUCAUGUGCCAGUUAUUUCGUGCUGUUCGAUUUUUGCACAGUGGUAAUGUUUUACACAGGGAUUUGAAACCAUCGAACGUAUUAUUAGAUGCGGAUUGUCGUGUCAAAUUAGCGGAUUUUGGAUUAGCAAGAUCGUUAUCGCAACUCGAGGAUUAUCCAGAAGGGACGAAUAUGCCCGAAUUAACGGAAUACGUUGCAACAAGAUGGUAUCGCUCACCGGAAAUACUUCUGGCAGCGAAGAGAUACACGAAGGGUGUGGAUAUGUGGAGUUUGGGCUGUAUUUUGGGUGAGAUGUUGAUUGGCCGAGCGUUAUUCCCGGGAACAUCGACCAUCAAUCAAAUCGAACGAAUCAUGAACACUAUCGCGAGACCGUCGAAGUGUGAUAUUGAAAGCAUUGGUUCACUGUAUGCCGCAUCAGUGCUUGAAAAGAUGCCUCAAAGGCCACAUAAACCACUGGAGACAUUCAUCGUGAACCCGAAUCCGUACGCUCUUGAUUUGGUCAACAGAUUGUUAAUAUUCGCACCGCACAAAAGGCUGAACGUGGAUCAGUGUCUGGUUCAUCCAUACGUUUAUCAGUUUCAUUCGCCUGCAGACGAGCCAUCGUUGAACUACGACGUAACACUGCCACUACCAGAUCAUAUACAGUUGUCGAUUGAUGAUUAUCGCAAUAAAUUAUAUGAUAUGAUCAGUACGAAGAAAACACACAUCAGACGUAUUCAACACGACAGAGUACCGAUUGCACGGAAUACGACGAAACAUUAUGCAUCAACAGUGAAUCGUUCGAAUGGUAAUGCGAGCACAGUAGCGACGGUGAACGGUCGUAUUGCAACAUCAUCAUCCAGUGCAUCCAUAGAACAGAAUAGCAAUAUGAAUAGUAACACUACCACUAAUAAUAGAAAUCCUCCGACUGAACCACGUAAAGCUCCAAUUGCACAAGCUGAAUGCAGUGAUACGGAUUUUGAUACGGCUCGUUCGAUAUGUCGUGCGAUUUCGGUUGAAAAGAAUAAAUCGAAUAAUGCAAGUGACGGUCAUAGCUUUUAUAGAGAACGUGCUCAAAGUGUUGAUUAUCGAGCGAAUGCAGCUGCAAUAACGAAAAAUAACGACAUCCGUAAUAACAUCUCAAGAAAUCGAACGCGUCAACGCUCAAAAGACCGCACUGGAUUAUUUGCAACACUACGCAAGGCCUCUUCCACCCAACGACGUCUUACUACUGUACCUACAAUCAAUUAA